CGCCCGCUCAGUCGCACCGGACCCGCGACGCACGCGCAGCUUCACAAUACACAUAGGGGUGGUGUUUUAUUUAUACCCUAUUGUAUUUACACAAGAUAAUAUUUAAUUGAUAUAAGUUCCAAGCAUCGCUGAAAGUUCCCCAUCAUGGGGCAUAACUUCACUAUAUGGUGCGCUUUAGCGUUAGCGUUAUGCGCAUACGCAUUAGCAUCUCCUCGCGCGGGAUUCACAUUCACGAGAAGUGCUGUUGAAACGGUUCCACAACAUGAUCCCAUAGCUGCACCAAUACGUGCCUCCGUCGAAAGUAUACCGUUAAGGAGCGUUCGUGACGAGGGAGAUGAGAGGCUACCAUUACGUGAUGCAGUAGAAAAAAGGCCAAUCUCACUAAUAGAACCUGAAUCUGCUUUCAAAUUGAUUGAGGAUGCUGAGGAAAUAUCAGAUGAAGGAAGCUUUAGCGGGUUGAAAUAUUAUGGCGCUGCUGAUCAUCUCAACAUCAAGACACGCAACGAUGAGAGACUACAGCAAGGAAAUGCGAACUUGCAAGCGAUGCAACAGACAGUAGCGGGCCCUACGGCGCGUCGUAUCGUGGUGUGCUACAUGAAGUCGUGGGCGGCAUACAGGGCUCCUCCACUAGCGUUCACGGCUGGACUAGUGCCCAAAUCUUGCACCCACCUCCACUACGCAUUCGCCACUAUGCACCCCCAUACAUACUCAGUUAUUCCUAACAAUGAGGAUUACGAUAUUGUUAAAGGUGGUUAUCGCAUAGCGACGGGGCUAAAAAAACGUCUUAAUGGCUUGAAAGUGAUGAUCAGUGUUGGUGGGGAAGGCACAGACCGUCUAUUCAGUGAAAUGGUACAGGAACCAGAAAGGCGGAGCAUGUUCAUAGAAAGCGCCGUAAACUUUAUGAGAGAGCAUGACUUCGACGGUUUAGAUCUUCAUUGGGUUUACCCAGGUGAAGACGAAAACGAAAGAGAGUUGUUGACAGCACUCCUCUACGAACUCCGAGAGAAGUUUUCGUCUUAUGGAUUCCUGCUUUCUACCGUUUUGCCACCGUUCAGAUAUCAAAUAGAAGACGGGUACGACUUGAGUGCUGUCAGUGGAGCGACCGACUACACAGUGCUACAGGCCUGGGACAUGACACAUGGCAAGUCUGACGAGCCACCUUCCAGAGCUGUGCAGCAUAGUCCACUCCGUAGAGAUCCUGGAGCUACUGCAAGAGACCAAAGAUAUGAUAACAUUGAAUUCAUGGUGAAGUUCAUCCUUCGACACGGUAUGAAUGCUGAGAAACUAGUGCUUGGCAUUCCAUUCUUUGGAAGAACAUACUCUCUUGCAUCGUCAGCGCGAUCUGCUCCAGGCGCCGCAGUUAGCGGUUGGGGUGAAGAGGGAGCUUACACUCAAACUAAAGGACUCUUAUCUUACUUUGAAAUUUGUAUGGCCGAACGUGAAGGUAAAGGAUCAAGUAACGUCGAUGAAGCUGGAAAUACUUACAUAGUGUUUGACAAAGAAUGGGUCACAUACGACACUCCAGUGACUGUCUUAGAAAAGAUGAAAUUUGUGGUGACUACAGGCUUAGCAGGAGCUGCGGCGUGGUCCAUUGACAUGGACGACUUCAGAGGAUUGUGUGGUCAGCCCUUCCCACUCUUGAGCGCUAUUUCAACCACACUUAAUGGUGAAUCUGUCCAAACAGAUCAAUCUUCAUUGAAAAUAGGUUCCUGUGAAUCUGAUAAUCCGUACUUAGCGUCAGACAUAGACUCUUGCGCACACUUCCACUUCUGCACCGGCGGUAUCAGCUACAGAAUGUCUUGUGAAGACGAUCGUCUUUACGAUCCCUCUACUGGAUUCUGCGGCCACCAAGAUGUCGCAAAAUGUAUGCCAGGACAAAGUCUGCGAAUCAGUGUUGAGGACGCAGCUCGUUUCCUAUCCCAAGCGUAUGAAACUGAUUUCGAAUGGAAUGAACCCAGCAAAGACAUGACAGCAAAUAAUGACCCCGAGCGUUUGAUUGCCGAGAUGGACACCAAAAAAAGUAAACAAAGUGACAAGCUCGUGGUAUGCUACAUGACAAGCUGGGCAUUCUAUCGUCGCGGUGACGGAAAGUUUGUUCCGGAAAAUAUUGACACAAGACUGUGUACCCAUGUGGUCUACGCCUACGCAUCGCUCUCUCCUGAUGAACUUAUCGCUAAGGAGUUUGAUCCUUGGGCCGAUGUCACCAACAAUCUUUACGAGCGUGUCACAUCCUUGAAAGAUGUCAAAGUUCUCCUUGGGUUGGGUGGCUGGACGGACUCCGCUGGCGAUAAAUAUUCCCGGAUGGUAUCAUCACAAGCUUCUCGCAGCAAGUUCAUAGAAAAAUUGAUUCCAUUCUUGCGCAUGCACAACUUUAAGGGUCUUCAUUUGGAUUGGAACUACCCUGUUUGUUGGCAAAGCAAUUGUAAAAAGGGAGCCGUAUCUGAUAAACCUCAUUUCGCUAAAUUCGUUCAGGAACUGUCUAAUGCAUUGCAUGGAGCUAGUAUGGAACUUGGUAUCGCCAUUUCUGGGUAUAAAGAAGUGAUCGAGUCCGCGUACGACUUACCAGUUCUAUCGAAAGCUGCCGAUUUCCUUAGCACCAUGACUUAUGAUUACCAUGGAGGAUGGGAAAAGGCUACUGGACACCAUACACCAUUAGUUCCUCCUUCUAAAGAAACUCUAGCUCAUUAUUCUGUCGAAUAUGCUAUUAAAGCUUUGAUCAGUGGAGGAGCUGAUCCUAAGAAACUUCUCUUAGGAUUAUCGUUCUACGGUCAGUCCUAUAGACUCAAUGAUAUGAACGGAGUGAAGGGCCCUGGAUCUCCUGCCGCUGGACCUGGUGAACCAGGAGAGUUUACUAAACAACCUGGAAUGUUGGCUUACUAUGAAAUAUGUUAUCGAGUGAAAAACUUACGAUGGAAGACAGGCAGACAAGAUAAUGCCGGCCCUUACACAUACUCAGACAACCAGUGGGUUGGAUACGAUGACCCCAAAUCUAUCACUGAAAAGGUGGAAUGGGCAUUGCGACAAGGUAUGGGCGGUGUCACAGCGUGGGCAAUAGACCUGGAUGACUUCAGCAACCGUUGCUGCGCUGAGCCGUCACCCCUACUCCGUGCGGCAGGCCGCGCUCUCGGCAGGAGCGUGCCAUCUCCUCCGACCACGGCCUGCGAGAGACCACCAGAACCUGUCACUCCAGCGGCGCCUACUACAACUACUGCUGAAUUUGAUGGUUCUGCGGGUGGCAGUCACGACCACCACCACCACGACCACACAUCAACGACGUGGCCGAGCUGGAACCCAUCCACCACUACCCCCAGCACCGCCCAGACAUGGUGGCCCGCUGCAACCACUCCCAUGACCACUACCUCUUCAAGUACCACUACUAAACGUCCGACUACUACAAAACGACCUGCUACUACUACCACCAAAAAGCCAGCAGCAGACUCUGGAAGCAUAGAAGGUACAUCAUGCAAUGCAGGUGAUUACCAGGCGGCGCCAGGCGACUGCGAGGGAUACUUACAAUGUGAAGGCGGUAUGUGGCGCAAACAUCGUUGCGCUCCCGGCCUACACUGGGCCACCUUCGUCAACCGCUGCGACUGGCCCAGCUUCGCCAAGUGUACCGCAACGGCAAGUAGUGAAGCAAGUACCGCCACAUCUACUCUAGCUCCAGUGGCCUCCCGUCCGCCACCAAGACCGACCACCACCACUAAACGUCCCACUACGACCACCACUACGACCGCUCGACCAACUACUAAACCAACCACCAUAGGAAUACAAGCAGACGAGGGUCCACUGGAGGGUGAUUCAUGUAUUGGCGAACAAUACAGUUCAGUGCCCGGAGACUGCAAUGCGUACUUACAUUGCGACGGUACCUCGUGGCACAUGCAGCGCUGUGCCCCCGGCCUGCACUGGAGCAACGUACAGAAACACUGCGACUGGCCCAAGUACGCCAAGUGUGAAGUACCAAAAUCUACAACAGCAGCUCCUAAGCCCACUCGGCCAACGAGGCCAACUACGACGACAUCCACCACUACAACAACUACCACGAAAGCGCCUCCAUCAAGUUCUGCAUUGGAAGAUUCACCCUGUGGUGGAAACGACAUGCAUGCUCCCUCAACGACAUGUGAUUCGUACCUGCUUUGCGUUGGGGGUCGCUGGCGUAAGCAACUCUGUCCUCCUGGUCUUCACUGGGACAAGAGGACGCGACGAUGCGACUGGGUCGAAUUCGCUAUGUGUGAAGUGGGUAAACCAUCCAAGUCUACAACAACAAGUACAACGACCACCACCACUACCACAACCACAACGACCACAGCACGACCCACGACCACAACCAGUAGACCCACCAGACCCACAAGACCCACGACCACUAAAAAACCACUCGCCGAUGAAGCUCAAGUGCCUGGAAAAGGCUGCAACACAGGCACGUAUCACGCACAUCCCAAGUGCGAGAAAUUCUACGUGUGUGUUAAUGGUAUGCUGAUAACACAAAGCUGUGCACCAGGCCUCGUGUGGCGGCCAGACCGCAGCCAGUGUGACUUCCCCUCCUCGUCCUCAUGUACUGACAAACGACAGAACGACACUCCCGUCAGCGACUCUACUAACUCGCAGUCCACCAUGAUGCAGCAACUCAAUCAAGAACCACCCAAGUACUGUGAAAGUGGAACUUAUGCUCAAUUGCCAUCAGACUGCACACGAUACCUCCAUUGCUUAUUCGGUAAAUUUGAAGAAUUCGCUUGCAGUGCUGGAUUACACUGGAAUCAGGAAAAACAAAUCUGUGACUGGCCUAAGAAUGCUAAAUGCAAACGCAAGCAAGGUUCUUCGACCACUACAAGUACAACAUCAACCACAUCUCGACCUGUCCAAAUGGAUCCAAUUGAGCCAGAACAUGAACAUAUCUCUGAACAUGGGCAUGAUCAUUCCCACCAUGAUCAUGAGCAUUCUCACGCCAAACCAACUAAACCUUUAGCUUCUCCAUCCAGCGUGCAUACACAACCUGAUAUAAGUACCAAACCAGCUCUUCUAAAUUCUCGCUACAAACUGGUGUGCUACUACACGAACUGGUCAUGGUAUCGCCCUGGUAUCGGCAAAUACAGUCCAGAGGAUAUCGACCCAACUCUUUGCACUCAUAUCGUCUAUGGAUUCGCUGUUCUUGGAGAUGAUGGUCUCAUUAUGGCUCAUGAUUCCUGGUCGGAUAUUGAUAAUGGAUUCUACGAAAAAGUAGUAGAGUUCAAACGCUAUGGCAUCAAAGUAUCGCUGGCUAUCGGCGGAUGGAAUGACUCGGCUGGUGACAAAUAUUCUAAGUUGGUCAAUGACCCUGCGGCUCGCGCCCGAUUCGUCUCACACGUCGUGCAAUUCCUCAAAAAGUACGGCUUCGAUGGAUUGGAUCUUGACUGGGAAUAUCCAAAAUGCUGGCAGGUUGAUUGCUCCAAGGGUCCUGACUCAGAUAAAGAAGCUUUUGCUGACCUUGUUCUUGAGCUGUCUGCCGUAUUUAAGCCAAAGGGUCUGCUUUUAUCAGCGGCCGUGUCUCCUAACAAGAAGGUCAUCGAUGCAGGUUACGAUGUGCCCGUGCUGGCUCGCCAUCUCGACUGGAUCGCUGUAAUGACAUACGAUUAUCAUGGUCAAUGGGACAAGAGAACUGGCCAUGUGGCUCCUUUGUACUACCACCCUGAAGACGGCACGACAUACUUCAAUGCGAACUACACUAUUCACUACUGGAUGAAAAAAGGGGCUCCAGCGAACAAACUGAUCAUGGGAAUGCCAAUGUACGGGCAGACGUUCACGUUGGGUACCGAAAAAGAAUCAUCACAGACUCUCAGUUUGAGCAGCGAAGAUACUGGUUUGAAUGCUCCGGCUUCAGAUGGUGGAGAAGCUGGAGAGUAUACCAGAGCUAAAGGUUUCUUGUCUUAUUACGAGAUUUGCGACCGCAUCAGAUACAAUGGAUGGAAAGUAGUCAAAGAUCCUUACCAGCGUAUGGGUCCGUACGCAUACAAGGGUAACCAGUGGGUAUCAUUCGACGACGUCGAGAUUAUCAAAAGGAAAGUGAACUUCAUAAAAUCAUUAAAUCUCGCUGGUGGUAUGGUCUGGGCACUGGAUCUUGAUGAUUUCAAAAAUAGAUGUGGUCAAGGAAAACAUCCGCUUGUUAACGCAAUCAAGAAUGGCUUACUGGAUUCUAAAGUGGAGGAAGAUACAAUCUUAUCUGACCCAAUAAUUGAACCUCCAAACGCAAUAGAUGAAGAUUCAGAUGACAUUCAAGUACGUCCUAUUAAAAAACCGACUCCAAGGCCCACACAGAUGACGACACAGAUGGCGACACACUGGCAAACAACUGCGCUCACAACUACUACCAAGAGGCCCGUAACGACUGUCAGCACCAAUUUGGAAGACCGUUACAAGGUGGUCUGCUAUUACACCAACUGGGCUUGGUACAGACCUGGUCCAGGAAAGUUCACACCUAGCGACAUUGACUCCUCGCUUUGUACCCACAUUGUGUACGCUUUUGCUGUCCUUGACACCAAGCGCCUGGUGAUCAAACCACAUGACAUUUGGUUGGAUGUUGAAAACAAAUUCUACGAAAAGGUAGUGUCGCUAAAACAGAAAGGCGUGAAAGUGGUCCUUGGAAUCGGUGGAUGGGAUGACUCGGCAAGUGACAAAUACUCACGAAUGGUGAACAGUCCAUCAGCACGAAGGAAGUUUGUCAUCCACGCUCUAGACUUUAUAGAACAGUACGAUUUCGACGGAUUGAAUCUUGAUUGGGAAUACCCCAAGUGCUGGCAAGUUAACUGCGAAAAGGGUCCGAGCUCCGACAAACAAGGCUUUGCGAACCUCGUAAAGGAACUUCGUGCUGCAUUCAAGCCCAGGGGCUUAUCGUUGUCCGCAGCAGUCUCGGCUAGCAAACGCGUUAUAGAUGCUGCUUACGACGUUGCAACGCUCUCCAAGAACCUUGAUUGGAUUUCUUUGAUGACGUAUGACUACCACGGUCAAUGGGACAAGAAGACUGGACACUUAUCUCCAAUGUAUGCCAGCGAAGAUGACGAAGAUAAAACUUUGAACACAGAUUUUUCGGUGAACUAUUGGAUUAGCAAAGGAGCAUCUCCUGAGAAGCUAAUAUUAGGCGUUCCAUUCUACGGUCAAUCAUUUUCACUGGAAGAGAAUGCAGGAUCCGGUCUGGGAGCGCCUUCUUACGCAGGUGGAGAGGCUGGCGAUGAAACGAGAGCUAGAGGCUUCUUGUCAUUCUACGAAAUUUGCGACCGUAUCAGGAUGAAGGGUUGGAAGGUAUCCCGAGACCCAGGAGGCCGUAUGGGACCUUACGCUAGCUUUGAAGAUCAAUGGGUUUCGUUUGAUGAUGACUUUAUGGUACGCCACAAAGCAGAGUACGUGCGCUCGAUGGGUCUGGGAGGUAGCAUGGCAUGGUCUCUUGACCUUGACGACUUUAGUGGAAAGAAUUGCGGUUGUGGAAAAUCUCCUCUCCUCGCUACUAUUAAUCAUGUACUCAGAGGUCUGGAAGCACCACCUAGAUGUCCGCUAGAAGAACUACAAGCCGAUACUCCGGAAACAGCGGAAGUCCCUGAAAUUGAAGUGCCAGAACCGGAUGAUAUACCAGCCAUUGCUGUUGAAGAAGUUGAUACCGACGCUAACACUGAUACCGAUACCGAUUCAAACACAAAUGUUGACACUGAUACUGACACGGACACAGAUUUAGUUGAAAAUAGUGGUCCAAGUCUGGAAGGUGGUGCAUGCACAGGUACUGUAUUCAAAGCCGACGAGAACAAAUGCAGCAAGUAUUACCUGUGUCUUAAUGGACACUGGAUGCAAUUAGAAUGCCCUGCACCUCUACAGUGGCACAAGAAUCACUGUGACUGGCCUGAAAAAGCCCAAUGCAGAACAAAGGCUGGACUAAGAAUUGGAGGCAUAGAACCGGAAGAAAUACAAGAUGACAAGUCUAUUGUAGGAUGCUACUUCACUAAUUGGGCUUUCUAUAGGCCCAGUAAAGGCAGCUUUGGACCAGAACAAGUAAACCCAUCUCUAUGUACCCACAUUAUAUACGCCUGGGCACAUCUUGAUGGCAAUUCCUUUAAUUUGAUUCCUGGAAACUCCGAACUUGAUCUGGAAAAUGACUUUUACGGCAAGCUAACACAGCUGAGACAAACUGGUGUCAAAGUUAUUAUCGGUGCUGGUGGCCUUACGGAUUCUGAAAGCAGAAAAUGGAGCACAAUGGUAUCAAGUCCAGAAAACAGAACGAUAUUUGUGAAUUCAGUAUUGAAAUUCUUGCAAAGAUGGCACUUCGAUGGUAUUCAGAUUGCUUGGCAGUACCCAGGAUGCCGACAGACUCCAUGCACCAGCGAAUCUUUCAACUAUAAGGAGAGGGACAAUUUCGCCGACUUACUGUCCGAGUUAUCAAGAAAGCUUCGUCCUCACAACCUUGAGAUAUCAGCCAUGGUUACCGCUUCGCCAGAAAUCGCUCAACUAGCCUACAAGCCUCACAUCCUAGCCUCAGAAUUAGACUGGGUCGCUAUUGCUGCUAAUGAUUACUAUGCGUCCUCCACUGGAAAGACAUCGUAUUUAGUGCCACUACAGUCAAGUCAUGGAAGCAAUAGCUUGAACGCCUCCCUGUCGUACUGGACGAGUGCGUUGCCGCCUCGUCAUGUAGUGCUCGGUAUACCAGCGUACGGGCGCUCGUACACUCUGCGCAGCGCUUCCAACACCGCGCUGGGAGGUCCUGUCACCGGCCCCGGGGAACCUGGACCUUACACACGCGUACCAGGCCUCUUGGCCUAUUAUGAGGUUGCGGAUGGUUUAGCGAGUCACCAAUGGAAGGAGAGUCGAACUUCGGAGGGUACGUUUAGUGUCCGCGGUGGACAAUGGGCAUCGUACCUGAGCGUGGCGGACGUUGGAAGUAUAGGCGCAGCAGCGAGACGGGCUGGUGCCCGCGGUGCGGCGCUGUGGGCGCUCGACCUCGACGUGCGAGGAGACUGUUCACUGCUGAACGCCAUGCGCCGCGGUCUCAUUGAACCUGACCUACCUCUCGAGCAGUGCGCACCUGCAGCGUGAACAUUAUAACCUCGGAGUAGGUACCCAGAAACCCAUACUUUGUUUUAUGUUAAAACGGUGACUUCUCUGUGAGAUACCGAUUAUGAGACUGUCGUGUGGGUGCUCGUCCAAGACUUAAUUUAGUUUAUACUUAACUAUUUAGAUAUUUCAUUGUGAUAUUUUUGAUACGUAGGUAGGUGAAUUGUCUACUUAUUAAUAUGUGCGUAGAGUUCUCGCGUAAAUUCCUUGAUUUUUACUUGACGGCCAGUUUAAUUUAAAGGUAUUUUUUUGUUCUUUCUACCUACUAUUUACCGAUGUACUGAUUAGGUCAAAAUUCCGAUUUAAGUAGAAGUGCAAGGAAUUAGGAUAAUUGAUGAUUUGACAAUAAAAAAAUGAGAUUAACUUAAGCCCUUUCUCUAUAAAAAUGUAAUAAUUUUUACAAUAGGUAAUUUGGAGCCAAUAAUAUUAGAAAUUACCGUACUAUGAAUAGUUACCAGAACACUUACCUACUGCGUAUAGUGCGUAUGAUAUGAUGAUGCUUCAUUGCUGACAUCACUGAUUAAACAUUGCACAUUUCGUCUGAUAAUAAAAUGACUACUUUAAUUGUA